CGCACCAUCUAUUUCACUCGGUUGGAGGCAGAGUUUGGGCACACAAUCCGAGUUUCAGUCUAUGUUAUACAGUUCAAUUUCUGCACGGCUCACAAUGUUUCGUGUAAUUUGUAUCGCUUUCUUUGUGGUCAGCGCUUUUGCCCUAGAAAAUGACGACGUCUUGAGAGAUCGUUUGGUGGAGAACGUGUCCAGAGCAAGGAGAGUAGUAUGUAACACAGCAACCUUGCCAGGAGGAGUGAACGCUGCCGCCAGCAAGUUUGCCGCAGUCCUUGGCAAACGGCAGGUGGGCUGCGUCGGCACGACCGGCACAGGCACGUCUGCAGGGUCCAGUUGGGCAGACUCCUGCGUCUACGGUAGCGGUGGCGGUAUUAUCAAACCUAUAUACCCGGGCAUCCCCACAAACCCGCUGAUCCCAAACAGCAUGACCAACUCAUUCACCGGCAUACUGGGAAAGAGGGGUGCCGAUCCUUCGCCUUUUAAAAAUAAGCCAAAACGCGACUAUGUUUUUGUCCUUGACACCUCAGGCAGCGUCUCUAUGGAUUCUUUUGAACGGGCAAAAGAGGGCGUGGCCAUCCUGACCAAGUCAUUUUGUCCUGUCACAAUGGGAAACGGCAUGGAGGAGAAGCAGGUGGCCGUCGUCUUGUUCGGCAAUACUGUCGAGACGGCCAUUCCGUUCUCCACGAGUCACGAUGGCACGGACGCGUUGAACAGCAAGAUCAUCGCGCUGAACCACCGCAGGGGUUCUGCCACAGCCACAGCGGAAGCCUUGAGACACGUGCGUCAGCGCGUUCUUAGCCAACCAGGGAGCAGGUUGAACGACACGGACGCCUCAACCCACGUGAUUGUCAUCACGGACGGUCGGUGUAACCGCGGCUGCCAGUCUCUGGCUGAUGAGGCUGACAAGCUGAGAAAGAUGGGACCAAACGGCGUCCAACUCUUCGCCCUCGGCGUCGACAACGCACGUGCGUGCGAGCUGGAGAUCAUCACAGGGAAAGGCUCGGACAUGGCCUUCGGCCUGAACGACUUCACGGAGUUUGAGAAGUUUGCUACCGCCGUGCGUGACCAGGCCGAGAACCAGAACAGUGGCUGCAUCUAGGCUAUUACCGGGGUCUUAGAAAGAUGCAUUGAUAAUUUUUGCACAGACUGAAAAUUGGCUAGCAUUAUAUCACUGUAUGAAUAUUUUUGAGAAAAGCCUGCGGUUCUAAAUAAAUAGGAUGAUAAAAAAAGCAA